UUGUAGAGCUCUGAACAGUAAUGCGUAGACAUGCGUAGCCUGUUACAUGUGAUUUACAACCUCAACAUGAACAGCUUAGCUAUUCAUACAAAUUAAAUUUAAUUUCAUACUCAUAUUAGCGCGAUCUACCGUUAUUUAUUGUUAUGAUUUUUUUGACCCCUGGUGUAAUUACACGCUACUGCCAGAUGAGGCCGCUGUGGCGCUGUUGCUACAGCAACGCGAAAAUAAAGACGCAUAAGUCAGGUUCUCCAAGUUUUGCUAGUCUGGUGACCAGCAUGGGCGACCUGGAGGGGCUUUAUUUGUCCGUCUGUGAUGACCUUCAUCUGUCUGCCAGUGUCUUUAUUUCCCAAGUGCUGAAAGAGACGCAGAUCCGCGGCAGCGGUGUUUCGCUCAGACUGGCAGGAAACGAUCGGGUGAAGGACGUGAUCAGGCUGACCGAUAAUGACCUCCUAGUUUUGUCGAAAACGCUCCGCAGUGAUCUGACAGUGAAAGCUUUAGAUCUGAGGUAUAACUGGAUCUCAGAUGAGGGAGCUGGACAUCUGGCUGAUCUCAUUCAGGAGAACGUGGCCCUGCAGUCGCUUGAUCUUCUGUGCAACAAUAUAGAAGCCGAGGGAGCCGAGCGGAUCGCAAAAAGUUUGCAUCAAAAUGCGACCUUGAAGAGGCUGAGAAUGACUGGCAAUAAGAUUGGGAACAAAGGUGCCAUGCACUUCGCCAGCAUGAUGCAGACCAACACCACGUUAGAAGAGCUGGACGUGUCUGACUGUGAUCUGGCCACGCAGAGUCUGAUCGCAUUUGCUAUCGUCCUGAACAGCAACAGAAGCAUUCGUUCCAUCAACGUCAGCCGACCGCUUCUCUUCAGUCUGCAGGAGGAGACUGCAGUCCAUAUGGCUCGGAUGUUGGCAGUUAAUCAGACCUUGAGGGAGCUUCACAUGGGAAAGCAUGGCAUGACUGAUUCUGGCGUUGAGAGGCUGUGUGAAGGCUUGAUGAUAAACCGCACACUGCGGUACCUGGAUCUCCGCUGUAACAGAAUUACAAGGGAUGGAGCAAAGCGCCUGUCAGAAGUCCUGAGACGGAACAGUACCUUGGAAAUUCUAGACCUGUCCUCCAAUCGAAUUGAAGACGAUGGUGCGGUGUAUCUGAGCGAAGCCGUAGCGCUCCCACACUGCAAACUCAGAGCGCUGUCCGUCCCAAAUAAUAGCAUUGGCACGACUGGACUGGUGUCCCUCACAAAAGCAAUGAAUACAAAUCCAAAUCUGACGCACAUUUACAUUUGGGGUAACAGACUCGAGGAGCCAGUUUGCGUGGCGUUCUCCCAGCUUAUUGCUAGCGGGCGCCUGUUGAAGGACCACACUGAUGUGUCUCCCUAUGAAGUGGACGGCCGAUUUUACUUGGCCGAGAUGUCCCAUGGUCUGCAGAGGCAUUACUACUGGGUGCCAAGCUACGGUCAGGACGGAGACCCUGCCAGCAAUGCAGCCCUGGCACUGAACACAUCACACUGCCUGGAUCUGCAGCCUUGUUGAGCUCAUCAGUCUUGCACUGUUUUUACGGAUUACUCAUACUGGACCUGGUGGAUUCUGGCCCGGGGGUCUGGGGGGUGUAUGGUGUGAUGUAGCUGUGAGGAUCAUGAAACCUGGAGAAAAUAAAAAGACUUUCAGAGCAGCGGAAAGACAAAGAUACAGUAUCUUCAAGGAA